AGCAUUAUACCCGGCAAUUGGAGCAAAAACGCGGCAAUCGGAGCAAUAAACAGGCAAAUCAGAGAGAUAAGCACGCAAAUCAGAGCGAUAAACCGGGCAAUCGGAGCGAUAAACAUGCAAAUCAGAACAUUAAACCCGGCAAUCGGGGCAAUAAAUCCGGCAAUCGGAGAAUUAAACCUGGCAAUCGGAGCAAUAAACCCAACAAUCGGAGAAUUAAACCCAGCAAUCGGAGCGAUAAACCUGGCAAUUGGAGCGAUAAACGCGGCAAUGGGAGCAUUAAACCCAGCAAUGGGAGCGGUAAACAUGCAAAUCAGAGCAUUAAACCCGGCAAUUGGGGCAAUAAAUCCAGCAAUCGGAGAAUUAAACCUGGCAAUCGGAGCAAUAACCCCAACAAUCGGAGAAUUAAACCUAGCAAUCGGAGCAAUAACCCCAACAAUCAGAGAAUUAAACCCAGCAAUCGGAGCGAUAAACCUGGCAAUUGGGGAAAUAAAUACGGCAAUCGGAGAAUUAAACCCAGCAAUCGGAGCGAUAAACCCGGCAAUCGGAGCGAUAAACCUGGUAAUCGGAGCAAUAAACACGACAGUUUAAUUUUUUUUUUCAUUCA